AUGGAGAUCGAUGUUAUCGAUGUUAAUAUUCAGCAGGAGGAAAAGAUGCAACUCAAAACCUUUAUUAAACACUUUUUAUCAGAGAAGCGAGAGCGUCUUCUUAAUGUUUUGAGCUUGGAAUUCUCAAAAUCGAAGCUCUCAGAAAUAGUUAGCCCACCUCACGUUGUACGUGAAAUUAGCCUUGUUGAUAAUUUUUGGCCUCAAACAAUUGUCGAUGAUGAAUGUGAAGAAGAUCUUCAAAAAGAAGAAGCUUCAUUUUUUUCUAGGCCUUCUGUACAAAAGUAUUGCUUGAUGAGCAUGUCGGGCAGCUACACCGAUUUUCACAUUGAUUUUAGUGGAUCAGUUUACCAAAUGGAGCGGAAAUCUGGAACCGAAGAUAAAUUUUUAUUUCCAUACUUCGAAAAACUCCAUUGGUUUGUGGCUAGUGGUCUUCUUGGAAAGUUAAGGCAUUGUUUUGAUAAUGGCGAGCCUGCUCUUAUUCACGAAAUUGCUGCUGCUCGUCAGCUUCCGAAGUGUCUUCUUAGUUGGCUUGAAGCACGACGCAAGGUG